GUUUUUAUGUCAAGUCAUGCUAAAAAUUGUUGUGCCAUGUGCUAGAAAUUACUUUAAAUGGGGGAUUUUAAUUACAAGAAUAUAGCUAUUCUGGAGAGCUUAGACAAUACAGAGUAUAUGACUAUGAAGUCCAUUUGGACUAGAGUGCGCAGCUAUGAUUUUCGAUCAGACCCAGCCAUACAGUCGGGCGGUGGCGAGGGCACAGCCCCAGCGCUUUCUAUUACUCCUUCUGAAACGUCGAACUUUUCAGUAAAAUCUAACGAAUUCCAACCUGCUCAAGAAGUUAUAACUGAAUCACCGGAAGCUAGUGGUGCAGCCAGUGGAACUACUAACCUUAAAGAGGUAAAAGAAGCUCCCAAAGUAGAUGCAGUGAAGUCUGAACCGACAGAGGCUGUUACUAAUGGAGAUCAAAAAGAUGCUGGUGAUUGGCAGAAAAGAGAACAGGAGCUACUGAAGAAAAUAGAAGAAUUGGAACAAGUGAAAAAUGAAAGAAGUGAAGAUGCAAUUAAGUUACAACUUAAAGUUCGUGAAGAAGAAGUAGAUCUUUUAAAAGCGACUGUGAAAAAUCUAGAGACAGAGUUACAAGCUGCUCUCUCAAAGCCAGGAGGCAAAAACCACGAAAUGAUUGAAAACAUCAAACAACAACACGAAGAGUUGCUAAGCAAAGCGCGAGGCAUGAUAUUCGACAAAACUAAGAUGGUGAAGAAUCAGGAGCUGCAGAUUGAGGCUCUAACGACGCAAGUGCAGUCUCUCAAGGACAUCAACACCAUCACCAAGGAUUUACUCGAAAUCAGGAACUCCGAAGUUAAAGCCAUGGAGGAUCGGUUGCAGGCGAUGGAGGCGCGAUUCAAGGCGGAGAAGGAGAGGUUCACGCUCAUACUGCAGCGUGCACAGACCAGCACCGACAUCAACGUUGACCUUAGGAGGGAGUACGAGACACAACUCAACUUGUUUAAGGAACUCCGCGAGAAAUACGAACAAAGGGUUCAAGCGUUGGUGGACGAGAACAACAGGCUGAAGGAGUCUCUUCAAAAGCCUACAACAUAAUGAAUCGAACUGUGCUAUGUUCUGUAGGUACUUAAUCUCACAUUUAACCGAUUAAGUAUAAAGACUGUGUUUUACCAAAGGGCGU